UUUGUUUGUUUGUUUGAGAAUUAUUUUUUCCGAAAGCCCAAUUAAUCCAUUUUAAUAAUUGGAGGCCCAAUAGCAGCGAUUCUUCUUCUUUCUCUUCUUGGUGACGCAGAAGCUUAAGCUUCAAUGGCUGUGACUUCAAUUCGCAGUAUAUCAGCUGCAUUGAAAAUCUUAAAACCGCUUCACGCCCCUAAUUUCAUUUCUAAGAAGAAAAACAGUUUCUUCUGCAAAAUGUCCAUCGAGUCACCGUCACUGACUCACUCUAUCACUCUACCGAGUAAACAGUCCGAACCCGUUCAAAUUCUCGCUGCUCCCGGUGUCUCAUCUUCCGAUUUCUGGAGUGCUAUUGAUUCUUCUUUAUUUAAGCAGUGGUUGCAUAACUUGCAAGCUGAGAAUGGGAUUUUAGCCAAUGGUACAAUGACACUGAGUCAAGUUCUUAUUCAGGGAGUAGACAUGUUUGGAAAACGCAUUGGGUUUCUCAAGUUCAAAGCUGAGAUUUUUGACAAAGACACAGGGAAUAAGGUUCCAGGUAUUGUAUUUGCAAGAGGACCAGCUGUGGCCGUGCUGAUACUUCUGGAAUCGGAGGGUGAGACUUACGUUGUUCUUACUGAACAGGCAAGAGUUCCUGUGGGAAGAAUUAUUUUGGAAUUGCCUGCUGGAAUGUUGGAAGACGACAAAGGUGAUAUUGUAGGCACUGCAGUUCGGGAGGUUGAAGAAGAGACAGGCAUCAAGUUACAUGUAGAAGACAUGGUUGACCUUACUACUUUCCUGGACUCUUCAACUGGAUGCACAGUUUUCCCCUCUCCUGGAGGGUGUGACGAAGAGAUCAGUAUCUUUAUGUGCAGAAGGCGUGUUGAUAAAGAGAUUAUCACACAUUUACAGGGUAAAGAGACUGGUCUUCGUGAACACGGGGAGCUGAUUAAGGUGCAUGUUGUACCAUACAAGAAUCUUUGGCGUGCUACAGCAGAUUGCAAGGUUCUAGUGGCUGUUGCACUGUUAGAAAUGGCAAAGAAAGAAGGGUUGUUGCCUUCUUUGGCAAACUAAUUGUAAUGCUACGCAGAGCAAAGACUCUUUGCCAAAGAUUAAAAAUAGAAGAGAAAUUGCUGGAGACACUUUGCUCUGGUUGAUUUCUUAUAAUUUUCAUUUUUAUGUCUUGGCUUCUUAUCCAGGUUGCAUAAUGCAUACAGCUUAUAUAUUGGAAAAAAUUCUAUCAGACUGUU